AUCGCCAGUCUCCUCCAGCAGCAAGCAUACUGGGUGCAUCCUUCCCAACGGUGAGGAAAUGGCGAGCCAGUCCCAGGGAAUCCAGCAGCUGCUGCAAGCCGAAAAACGAGCUGCAGAAAAAGUAGCGGAAGCCCGGAAACGUAAGAACCGUCGCCUGAAGCAGGCCAAGGAGGAGGCCCAGGCAGAGAUCGAGCAGUACCGUCUGCAGCGGGAGAAGGAAUUCAAGACCAAGGAGGCUGCGGCUCUUGGGUCCCAUGGUAACUCGGCAGUGGAGGUGGACAAGGAUACCGGGGACAAGAUGAAGCUCAUCCACGACAGCUACCAGAAGAACCGCGAGGUCGUCCUGGCCAAUCUGCUGAAGAUGGUGUGCGACAUCAAGCCAGAGAUCCAUGCCAAUUACCGUGUGGCUGGAUAGACCCCGUCCGCCACCACACACACACACACACACACACAUAUACACACACACACACACACACACACACACCUUAAUUACACAGGAAAGGCUGGGAUAAAGACUACUGUUGUACUGCAGUCAGGGGCAUUGCUGACAUUGUGAGGUCAUUCGUGCUUGUUAUCAGUACGGCCUUUUGCUUGUGAUGAGUGUUCUCUUUUACUGUCCAGCUUUCUGUUGCGUUCUCUGGGCUCUGUAAAAGCAGAUGGUUAAAGCCAGGUUUGAUGGUUAUCCCACCACAGUGGAGAUGGACCUCUUUGUUCAAAAAAGUCCAUUGCCGUGAAGUUAUGAAAGCGUAAGAGCUGGGGUCAGCUGUUUUGUGUUAGCCAACACUGUGGCUGGAUAUCAAACAGAUGGUGGGUUAAGGAGCAAAAGAUCAUUCACUGUCGCUGCCUGUGUGGAUCAAACCUGUAAUGGCCUGGUGCAACACAAUCAAAGUUGCUGCCUCUUAGCUGCUCCUCUGUCUGUAAGCUUGUCAAGAUUAGGAUUUUGUUGUGUGUGAAGAAUCUUUCUGUGUAUCUUGCCAUGCACUGUGUUGUCCUCUCUUAUUUAUUUAUGAAGGUUUUGUUACUGUUGUUGUUUCGUUGGGUGACCCGGGGCUUAAAGAUCAGAGCACUGUAUCAACACUGUUCACUAACUUUGU